AUGCAUCUGUGCGUCCGCAUGCGGUGUGCUCUGAGGAGUCUCUCCGUUCUAUGCCUUUUUUUGGUACUUGCGACUGCGACAGUUUCCGCGGAACGACUUAUGGCCGGGUGGGAUCCAUUCGCAGUGGCGGAAGAAGAGGGGUUAUUGAAACAAUUAAACAGCCUGCCGCAGUUUAACGCCAAAAGCUGGUUGAAGGAAGGUGCUUCUUCCCGUGGCGGCAAACCGACUGUCCCCGUCAAUACGCAGGUUGUUGUUAAUGUGCCGACAGCCACUGGGGAGCGACGAUUUGUGCUCUAUGUUCCCGAUUCUUACAUGCAAAACGGCAAUUCAACGGCCGCGCUUCAACUUUACUUUCAUGGCCUAAAUGACCAGUGCGACAGGUUUUUGAAUGCCAUAAAUGUCAUUGAGCACGCGAAGAAAACAGGAUUUGUACUGGCAAGUCUCUGCGGCUCCGAGGGAGCUAUCGGGACCGCGUGGAACGCCGGUACCUGCUGCGGCUUCUUCUCGGAGAAGCAACCCGACGACUUUGACUUUGCCGAGAAAGUUGUAGAGUCUGUUUCAGCCAGUUUGGGUGUUCAUUUCACAAGAGUGAUGGCUGUUGGCUUCAGCAAUGGAGCCAUGAUGGCGGAGGGACUCGGUUGCCGGAAACCAAAGCUGAUUCGCGCCGUUGUGUCUGUCGGCGGUGUUGUUGUCCUGCGCCCCGGGAAUGAAGCCGGUCUCAAUGAGUGCAGCCGUGCCCUUCGCACAGACAACGAGGAGGGCUACCGUCCAAGUGUGUUGAUGGUGCACGGCAACCUGGACGUCGUUGUUCCCAUGGACGGCGACAGAUUUUUGGGCUUCCCGCCGCUGAACACCAAUGUCAGGUCCUGGGUGGAAUCCAAUGGCUGCAAGAAAGCCCCCAAGACCUUGAACACCUCCAACUACGAAACCCGAGUUUACACGGACUGCACAUCUGUCUCCGAUGAAUUUGAUUCUCGCAUUAAAAGUUAUUGGAUUCGCGCCAAAAGUGCCAUUAAGGAAGGUCUAACCGGUCAGAAAACCUCUUCUACCCGUCAGUCUAUUGUGGAGUUUGUGCUCGCACUUCAGGAAGGCCAUAGUUGGCCUUCGGACAAGGAAUUCUCGACAACAGAACACAUAUUUGAUUUCGCUCAGCGCGUAUUCUUCAGUGGUUAA